GCUCCGCCACAGAGCGGCAGCAGCGAGCGCCAUGAGGAGCCACGUGACUUGAUGCGGGGUCAAGAUGGCGGCGGAGAAGCUGGGUUUCCACGAGAUGGGGCUGGAGGAGAGACUGUUACAGGCAAUUGCGAACCUCAACUGGGACAAGCCAACCUUGAUCCAAGAAAAAGCCAUUCCCUUGGCGUUAGAGGGAAAGGAUCUCCUGGCCAGAGCGCGUACAGGAUCAGGAAAAACUGCAGCAUAUGCUAUCCCUAUCAUUGAACAUCUUCUUAACACCAAAAAGUCAAUCUGUGAGCAGGCAGUGCGAGCCCUUGUGCUGGUUCCCACUAAAGAGCUGGGCCAGCAAGUGCAGCAGAUGAUCCGACAACUCGCUUCUUGUUGUGUGCGGGAUAUUCGAGUGGCUGAUGUCUCAGGGCAAGCGGAUAUAUCUGCACAGAGGCCCAUAUUGAUGGAAAAGCCUGACAUUGUAAUCGGAACACCUUCCCGUAUUCUGCUGCAUUUGGAACAGCACACCCUGAACCUGUGCACAUCACUGGAGAUGCUUGUGAUUGACGAGGCUGAUCUGCUCUUCUCCUUUGGGUUUGAAAACGAUCUGAAGAACUUGCUUGGGCACCUUCCGAAGAUUUAUCAAGCAUUCUUGAUGUCAGCCACGUUUAAUGAGGAUGUUCAGGCCCUGAAGGAACUGGUGCUUCACAAUCCGGUGAUUCUGAAGCUGCAGGAGCCUCAGCUUCCAGACAACUCCCAACUGACCCAGUACCAAAUUAAAUGUGAGGAGGAGGAGAAGUUCCUGCUGAUUUACGCAUUACUCAAACUCUCCCUUGUCCGUGGCAAGACCAUCAUUUUUGUGAAUUCCAUUGAUAAGUGCUACCGGCUGAAACUAUUCUUGGAGCAGUUCAGCAUCUUGUCAUGUGUCCUAAACUCAGAGUUACCAGUGCACUCCAGGUGCCAUAUCAUUGGUCAGUUCAAUCACGGUUUCUAUGAUUACAUAAUUGCCUCAGAUGAACAUGUUCUGACGGAUGCGACCAGUACAGCGCAGGGAAAAAGCAAAAAGAAACACAGUAAAGGAGCAAAAAUGAAGGAUCGUGAAUAUGGGGUCUCCCGAGGGGUAGAUUUUCAGAAUGUGUCGAAUGUCAUUAACUUUGACUUCCCGCUCACAGUGGAGUCGUACAUACAUCGUGUUGGCAGAACAGCCCGUGCAGAUAACCAGGGUACGGCUUUAACGUUGGUGUCUCAUACAGAAUUGCCACUGCUACAAAAUGUAGAGGAAGCAUUAACUGGAGAUAAUUUGGACUGUGCUUUGAAACCCUACCAGUUCCGCAUGAAGGAGAUUGAGGGCUUUCGCUAUCGGUGUAAGGAUGCCAUGCGUUCAGUUACAAAACAAUCGAUUAAAGAGGCUCGGCUCAAAGAAAUCAAACAGGAGCUGCUCAACUCUGAGAAAUUGAAGACCUAUUUUGAGGACAAUCCCAGAGACCUUCAUUUGUUACGACACGAUAAUCCUCUGCACCCAGCUAUUGUGAAGCCGCAUAUGAAGAACGUACCGGAUUACCUGAUUCCCCGAUCACUGCGAGGAAUCGCUAACCCCCUCAUCAGCAAGAGAAAAAGGUGGAGGAGAAAGUUCCUGGAAAGAAAUACACAGAAAAAAAUUAAGCCAAACAUGAAACAGAACCCACUCAAGCAUUUCACGUACAGAGGGAAGAAGAAGACCAAGAGGGCUAGUUAAAGCAGAGUCUGAGACCACAAAGAAGAGGAUUCGACUUUGCAGAACCAGAGACUGUUGUGUCUAUGUGCCUUAUAUUUGGGCCCAGAUGAGGUCCUGAUACACUUGGAGGAGUCUAAAAUUGACAGCGAGGCAAUGGUGCAAUUUGUAUUUCUCCAGUUUGAGUCACUGUUGUUAGUGGCCUUGAUUGAAAUGUUUGUCCACUUAUGUGGAGAAGUGAGUUUUCUGUACAUAGUAAAUUCUUGUAAUUUUACACUUCAAUGAUGCAGUUAAGUUUAGGUCUUAUUUAGUUUAUUCCCCUAAUAGACCAGUUUUAAACUGUUGCCCUUGCUGGCUCAUUAAGUGACCCAUGGCAUUUUUAAUUAUCUCUGUCCCCUCCAUCUCACUCCCAACAAUAAAUGCCACACAUAAACACAAUUGCUUUUUAUUUUUAAUUGGUUAGAGUUGAAUACAUUCCAGAUUGCUGUGUUUGUUCGCUUUUCUCAUGUUGUAUAAACUGAGGGUGGACUUUUUUCUCUGGCUCCCUGCACAAAGAGAAUCCUAUCUAAAUUUCACAAAACAAGUUCAAGAACAGAAAAUCCAGGAACAGAGUCACUCUGUCUGGGGGCUCUUUAUCUUCCCUGUUGUUUUGGUUUCCAACUAAAUUAUGUAAAUUUAAUGCCCUUUCAAACACAUGGUUGCAUAAAAGAAUGUGCUUUACUUGUGAAGAGGUAAAUUAUAAGUUCUAACUAAAGUAAAAUUCCAAUAAAAAUACUUGAAAACA